AUGGAUCAGGAAAUUGGAAUAUAGGAAAAUAUGACACUGCAACUUCUUAAUAAAGAAUACUCGACCUUUACAUCAUAUUUUAAAAAAGUCAAGUAGUUUUAUUCUAAGGAAAAAGAAUUAUCCAAAUGUAUCUUUAACUAAUUGAUUUAUCAUAUAAUAAAAUAAUGUAUUCAAACAAAUUAAAAUAAUAUAAUUGAAUAAUAUCUUAAUUCAAUAUAGAAUAUGGCAUCAGGUUAAAAUAAAGCUGACGAUGACUUCAAUUCUAGCAAUUAAAAUGAUCAUAAAAUAGGAUAAAAAGAAUCUUAAAUUGAAGAUAACAAGCAAUUAAAUAUUUAAGAGGCUAAUAGAUUUUUUGAUGAAGGUAUGCAUCAAUUUAAUUUAUUUUAGGAAUGACCUUAAGUAGAUUAAAGAAAUUUUAUGAAGCAAUUGAGUGCUAUGACAAGGCUAUUGGUAUUAAUCCAAAAUAACCUUCUUUUUGGAGUCAUAAGGGUAAUUAACAGUUAAACAUAAUUAAUUAGGGUAUGCAUUAAUUUGUCUAAAUAAAUAUUAAGAAGCAAUUUAGUGUUACGACGAAUCUUAUUCCAUUAAGAAAAAUUUUGAAAAUGAUUUGUAAAAUAAGGGUAAUUAAUUAUUAGAUUUUAUUAUUUAGGCUUUGCCUUAUAUUAAUUAAAUAGAUUUUAAGAAGCAAUUGAGUGCUAUGACAAAGUUAUUUUCUAAAAACCAAGAAAUGUUGUUGCCUUCAUUAGUAAGGGUAUAUAUUAGUUACAUACUAUUAUUUAGGUUAGGCAUUAAGUGCUCUAAAUAAAUAUGAAGAAGCAAUUAAGUGUUAUGACAAAUCACUUUCCAUUAAUCCAAAGUGUUCUUCUGCUCUUAUAAGAAAGGGUAAAUAACAUUAAAACCAUAUUAUUUAGGUUUUGCCUUACGUAAAUUAAAUAAAUAUUAAGAAGCUAUUGAUUGCUAUGACCAAGCUAUUUCCAUAAAUCCAAAAUAAGAUACUGUUUGGAAUAAUAAGGGUAAUUAACAAAUAAACACAAUUAUUUAGGUUAUGUAUUACAUAGCCUAAAUAAAUAUUUAGAGGCAAUUUAAUUUUAUGACAAAGCUAUUUCCAUUAAUCAAAAAUUUUUUAUUGCUUGGUCAAAUAAGGGUAAAUAAAGAUAAACCAUAUUAUUUAGGUUUAGCCUUAUAUUAAGUAAAUAAAUUUUAAGAAGCUAUUGAGUGCUACGACAAAGCUAUUUCCAUAAAUCCUUAAUAUUAUCUUGCUUGGAAUAAUAAGGGUAAUUUACAAAUAUACACUAUUAUUUAGGUUAUGCAUUACAUUGCCUAAAUAAAUAUUUAGAAGCCAUUUAGUGUUAUGACUAAGCUAUUUCCAUUAAUCAAAAAUUUGUUACUGCUUGGUCAAAUAAGGGUAAAUAAAAGUUAAGCAAUAUUCUUUAGGCUUUACCUUACGUAAAUUGAACAAAUUUUAAGAAGCUAUUGAGUGCUACGACAAAGCUAUUUCCAUAAAUCCAAAAUAUUAUCUUGCUUGGAAUAAUAAGGGUAAUUUACAAAUAUACACUAUUAUUUAGGUUAUGCAUUAUAUUUCCAAAAUAAAUAUUUAGAAGCCAUUUAGUGUUAUGACUAAGCUAUUUCCAUUAAUCAAAAAUUUGUUACUAAAUAGAUUUUUAGAAGCCUAUGCAUGCUACGAGAAAGUUAUAUCCAUACAACCGAAAAAUUCAAGUGCUUUGCUAAAUAAGGGUAUUUAUUUUUAAAUUAUUUUAUUGAGGCUUUGUCUUACAUAAAUUAAAUAAAUAUUAAGAAGCUAUUGAGUGCUAUGAUAAAACUAUUUAAAUAAAUCCAAAAUAUAUUAAUGCUUGGAACAAUAAGGGUAUCAACAUAUAAACACUAUUAUUUAGGUUAUGCAUUAAAUUUUCUAAAUCAAUAUUAAGAGGCAAUUUAGUGCUAUGACAAAGCUCUUUCAAUUAAUCCUAAUUACGAUAGUGCUUGGUCAAAUAAGGGUAAUAAACAGUUAAACCUUAUAAUCUAGGUUUUGCUUUAAAUAAAUUAAAUAAAUUUUAGGAAGCAAUUGAGUGUUAUGACCAUUCUAUUUCCAUGAAUCCAAAAUGUGAUUGUGUCUGGAAUAAUAAAGGUAAAGUGAUAUUAUGUAAUUUAGGUUUAAUCUUAAAUUGUCUGAAAAUGUAUUAAGAAGCAAUUUAAUGCUAUGAUAAUGCUCUUACCUUAAAUCCUAAUUUUUAUGUAACUUGGUAUAAUAAGGGUAAUUGUUUGUUAGAUUGUAUUAUUCAGGCUUUACCUUACAUAAUUUAUAUAAAUUAAUAGAUUUUUUGAUGAAGGUAUGCAUCAAUUUAAUUUAUUUUAGGAAUGGCCUUAAGUAGAUUAAAGAAAUAUUAUGAAGCAAUUGAGUGCUAUGAUAAGGCUAUUGGUAUUAAUCCAAAAUAACCUGCUUUUUGGAGUCAUAAGGGUAAUUAACAGUUAAACAUAAUUAAUUAGGGUAUGCAUUAAUUUGUUUAAAUAAAUAUUAAGAAGCAAUUUAGUGUUACGACGAAUCUUAUUCCAUUAAUAAAAAUUUUGAAAAUGAUUUGUAAAAUAAGGGUAAUUAAUUGUUAGGUUUUAUUAUUUAGCCUUUGCCUUAUUUUAAUUAAAUAGAUUUUAAGAAGCAAUUGAGUGCUAUGACAAAGUUAUUUUUUAAAAACCAAGAAAUGUUGUUGCUUUCAUUAGUAAGGGUAUAUAUUAGUUACAUACUAUUAUUUAGGUUAGGCAUUAAGUGCUCUAAAUAAAUAUGAAGAAGCAAUUAAGUGUUAUGACAAAUCACUUUCCAUUAAUCCAAAGUGUUUUACUGCUUGUUUAAAUAAGGGUAAAUAACAGUUAAACCAUAUUAUUUAGGUUUAGCCUUACGUAAAUUAAAUAAAUAUUAAGAAGCUAUUGAUUGCUAUGACCAAGCUAUUUCCAUAAAUCCAAAAUAAGAUACUGUUUGGAAUAAUAAGGGUAAUUAACAAAUAAACACUAUUAUCUAGGCUAUGCAUUACAAAGCCUAAAUAAAUAUUUAGAAGCCAUAUAGUGUUAUGACAAAGCUAUUUCCAUUAAUCAAACAUUUGAUAUUGCUUGGUCAAAUAAGGGUAAAUAAAGAUAGGCUAAAUUAUUUAGGUUUUGCCUUAUAUUAAUUAAAUAAAUUUUAAGAAGCUAUUGAGUGCUACGACAAAGCUAUUUCCAUAAAUCCGAUAUUUGCUACUGUUUGGAAAAAUAAGGGUAGUUAAAAACUAUACAUUAUUUUUUAGGUUAUUUAUUAAAAAGCCUAAAUAAAUAUUUAGAAGCCAUAUAGUGUUAUGACAAAGCUAUUUCCAUUAAUCAAACAUUUGAUAUUGCUUGGUUAAAUAAGGGUAAAUAAUAGUUAAGCAAUAUUCUUUAGGCUUUACCUUACAUAAAUUGAACAAAUAUUAAGAAGCUAUUGAGUGCUACGACAAAGCUAUUUCCAUAAAUCCAAAAUAUUAUCUUGCUUGGAAUAAUAAGGGUAAUUUACAAAUAUACAC